UUUUAUUGGUCCCUCCGUAGACAGCGUUACGAGAAAACAUGAAAAACAAAAGGACACAGUAGAAAUGUGCAGCUCUGGGUUUUUCGCGAAAUUCUAAGGACGUAGGCAGAGAACGGUUCCUGGUCCUGAACAACAAUGAAGAGAAUAGAUUUCGUUAACGGUGUAAUUUUGUUAGCAUUGGUCCUCCUGACUCCGGUUGUUCUUUAUGUCUGUGGAUCUUUGGAUGAACGCUCAUAUCUAGAAAUAAUUCAUGAAUAUUCAUUCUAUGGAGAAACAACAGAACCCGUUCGAACAUAUGGAACGUUUAGAUUGUGUUUAUAUAUCAUUUAUUCCUUCCUGUGCGUCAUCAUAACGGGUCUAGCAUUUGAACCUACAUUUAGGCGCGUCUCAAGACUCCAGAUUCAGUGUUAUCGGCCUUACUACAUUUAUCACAGUAUGGUUUGUCUAAUUCCCUUUGUUGUGAGGUACAUAAAUAUGAAUGCUGGGAUAUCUGACGAUAUUAUGCUACAAAUUCCGUGGAAAAAUAUCUUUUUAAUCAUUUUUUCAGUUUUACGAUUCAUAUUUUCUUUUUUGCUGUCCAUAGUUCAAAGGUACAAACACUGGAGAAUAUUAUUGUUUAUAUGCGUCACUGUGGUUCAUGCAUGCUUGUUUCUUCAUUUGUUAUACGUUCUACUCUUAAAUAUUGUGGAACACCUAAGCGUCAUCAAGGAAAGCAAAGGGGAAUUUUUAACAGCAUGGUCCUCUACUGACCAUGAACAAUUUCCCAUUGAGAUGAAUUUAAGCGAGACAAACACAUUGUAUAGAACCUUUGCCUUGGACCAGAGUUUGUUCCUUAGGACAGGAAAGAAAACUUAUCAAACUAAUAGUAUACAAAAACUUCAACUUGUGAAUGGAAAUGGUAAAAUGCCCCCUUAUCGUCGUGAAGUGUUUUUUCGUAGCAUCGGAGAAAGUGUAAACUUAUACUGUGCUGCAAGUAUUCGUACCUCACUCUCAAUGAAUAUACUGUGGUCUAUGAGAGAAAGAGGUUUAACUUCAACUGGUAACCAAACCAAAAUCAAGACAACGUUUGAGAAGAUGCAUAAUGGUUGGGUUGGUAUGACAAGUACCUUGAAUAUUAAUUUAAUAAAUUCUUCAGAUUUUGGGGACUACAGUUGCUCCAACCAACAUUACACAUAUUCAAACGAGAUGUUGUUUUAUUUACACAAAAAAGCAUAUGUUUCCAUACAAGCUACAGAAAUACUUCUGGGCCAAUACAGGAUACAGAACUACACGGGGAAGGAUUACUUCAUAUAUGCAACUCCAGGUGGCGCUGUUGAUUUAACAUGGAAGACUAUGAACUUCAACAGUGAAAGCGGUGAAUUACUGCAAUAUUAUUACAUAAAUGGUUUACAUUACUCGCAACAAUAUAAAAGAAAUUGUUCAGCCCUAUCAUAUCUGUACGUUGUUUAUGGACAGACGAUGGAAUGGUUUGUCUUCCCUAGUUUCCGAUCGAGGAUGCCUUCAGCUUUUUUUGUGAAUUACCUUGAAUUAUACAGAACCCACUUUGUUGAGUGUGCUGGACCCAGCGUAUUUGGAAUUCACAGUGUUGAGUAUUUCCGUCAAAUUUAUGACGAAAAAAGUCAAUCUUUCAUCUUAGUUGAAGUAAAACAUCCUGAUACUUUAAUUGUUCUUCCCGAUCUGCCUUAUUUCCUUAAAAUGGAUAACACAACGAAAGCCAAAAAAGAGCUCAUGAUACAAAAACUACACCGAUUAGAUUUAGAAUACACUUGGUUUGAAAAUAGCCACACCUAUGUGCUUGUGGUACGUGUUUUCUUUGAAAUGAUUCUUCUUAUUUUUAUUUGUUUAAUUUCACUUUUUCUGGCUGCUAAUUUUUGGAAAUUUUACACAAGAACUGUAUUAAAACCAAUCAGAAAUAUGUGUUUAGAAAGCACAAUAAUGUACAUUUCACACCCAUGCGAUGCAUUGGAGUGUAAUAUUGCAUACUCCUGUUACAUAAUCUGCGGUGACAAUGAUAAAGAAUUUGUCUACAGCAGCCUCGUUGUACCACUAAGAAAAGAAAAUUUAAAAACGGGAUUUUUUUUCGAGGAGUGUCCUUUAAACAGAAGUGGAAAGUCAGAAUUUGAUAUACAAAAGGACAUAAUUAAACAAUGUGGAAACAUGAUAUUUUUUAUUACAUCCGCAUAUCUAGAAGAGGAGGCGUUUGUCGGAAUUCAGCUAGAUACUGUUCUCAAGUGUAUUCGGAUGGAAAUCAUACCGGCAAAUUGUGUGUUGAUCAUUAUCGCAGACAAUUCAGAUGUACCGGACAAAAUACGAUUAAACUUGCCGGAAGCUGUGAUACAUGACUGGGUGACCAUCACGGACCCCCCAAAAAGAUUAAGGCAAGUGUUCGAGUGGAUCAAAACGAGAAAAACAACCAGAAAAUCUGAGAAUGAGAUUGCGGUGUCUACAGUAUAUUUCGGAUAAAGUUAUAAAUAUCUUGGCAACUUUUUUAUGAAGUGAAUAUCAUGGGGGUUUUAAAUCGAAACCUGAUUCGCUCAUGUGAUAUGACAACUACCUCUUGCGUCGAUCAUCGAUUAGAAUUUGAAUGGGCUAUACAUUUUCCUUUUAAAUUCAAUUUUUGUGUAAAAUAUUGCUAUGAACAUACGAAAACGUGUUCCUUUGGCACUUAUUCAAUAUACUGGCUGUAUGCUCGCUAUGUUAUGUUAUUGUACAGUUUUGUAAACAAGUCUUAAGAUUUUAUUUCAUUUUCAUCAUAUGAAGAGAAAAAUUGCGUUUGAUAUUUUUCAUGUAGAAAAUAUGCGUUUCAUUUGUUUUACGCCUCUUCAACAAAUGUUCACUAUUUUUACUAUACUGAAUAGUCACUUGCUACAGGUGCAUGGCAGAGAGGGUUUACUUUCGUAUCCGACCAAUUAACCGUAUCAAAAUGCACAUAUUUAUGACAUAUUGAUUGUUUUCGCCCUGAAAUACAGUAUAUUCAUGUACAGAAAAAAUAAAGCUGUAUAUUUAUUUUUAACUUUUCAGAAUACUAUUAUUUCUAAUUUAAUAUGGAAGGAAAGGUAUUGAAAACGAUGAAAUGCCUGAUAUAUCAAAGACAUAAAUGAUUUCUAAAGCUAUAGAAGAAGGAAUCAUUGACCAUCAACAUGGUUGCUACCAUAAUCUUGUAACUGGUGAAAUAUCAAUAAGUUGAUGUUACAGAGGUUUCAACAGUCCCGUUAAAAGUCAGCAUUUCGCAAAUUCUGUGAUUGUUAUAACGAUUUAAUUUACAAAUACAACCUCUCGUUGGAUCAAAGGCUGUAUGACGUGUUUCAUACCAAUUGUUAGACUGGUACAAAGUGAUUUUUGACUACGGAUUUCUCCUGCGCAAGAUAUAGGGCUCACGGCGGGUGUGACUUGUCGACAUGGGAUGCUUACUCCUCCUAUGCACCAUUAUACCCAGUGGUCAGUGUUUGCCCAACUAUUAAUUUUGCAUUCUGAUAUGGAUUUAUAAGAUUGAUCACUGUUCGUUAUCUUAACUUUUUCACUACAACGAAGAAGAAUAACGAUAGAUUUGUCCAGCUUUUCUUUGUAUUUUUGUAUAUACAUAUCUUCUGAUAUGAUUUGACUGAUUUAUGCAAGCAGAUCACCUUAUUGACCUUUGGAACAUAUUUUGUGUGGUAAAUCGUCACAUAGGCGGGGUCUUUCUAGAGAAUAUUUUUUAAACCAAAAGCAUAUCAAAUCAGAAACUUAUAAAACAGUAGGUUACGUUUGUUGCUGUGAGAAUUCUAUUGGUUUUUCCCAAAGAUGACAGUCAAGGGAUAUAACUUUUGACAAGUGUGGAUUCAUUUAUUAUCGGAAGAAAAUGACUUAGGUAACCAUGUGCUUUUUAGAGACAUUCUGGUGGUAUUUUCAGGUAUCAAAUGAAUCAAAAGAAAAUGUAAAAUAAGCAUUGUUUUCUCAAGUAAAUGCAGAGAUUUAGUGGUUCAAUGGCAUGUCAAACGUUGCAAUAUUUUAUCUUUUCCAUUUGUAUUGUAUAAUUUUUUUAUUUGUAUUGUAUAAUUGUCCAUUUGUAUCGUGAAAGGUGAAGAUAACGAACAAUGAUCAAUUUCAUAACUACUAUAAGCAAUACAAAAUAGAGUUGGGCAAACACGAACCCCUAGACACACCGUGAAUGGGAUCAGGUGCCUAGGAGGAGUAAGCAUCCCCUGUCGACCGGCCACACCCGUCGUGAACCCUAUGUCUUGAUCAGGUAAACGAAAUUAUCUGUAGUCAAAAUCAGUUUUUCAUUUUUAUCGUAUAUUUCAUUUGUAUUGCGUAAUGUUUUAUUUUUUGUUGUUGCAUAUGUUCCAUUUGUGUUCUGCGAUUUUUCAGUAAUAUUGUAUAUUUUCCAUUUGUAUCGUAUAUUUUUUCGUUUGUAUUGUGUGUUUCGUUUGUAUUGUAUGAUUUGUGUUUUCAUUGUAUAAUUUUUCAUUGGUAUUGUAUCUAAGGGAUUGUGUAUUCUUAUUUGUUACCAAGGAUCUCAUUGGUUUAAACCUUCGUUCGAUUAUCAAGCCUUGGGUUAUAUCUUUUUCAUAACUGCUGUUUACCUAUAUUUAGAUUCUACUUAACUUUCCCGUAAUGGUUAACUAGGACGGUGAAGGCUGACAGGAUAUUAGUUGUAGAUUCAAGUCAAACAACUUCCAGACUUGUUGAAAGGAAUCCAUUUCCAAACUAAUUAUAACUAUAGAAAACCCAUUCACAAGUAUACAGUUGAUAUUAUCAAUCGUAACUAACUUGUCGAAUGAUAUAUUUUAGUAAUUCCACCCUCCUGUGAUGUCAUCAGAUUUUGCAAAAUCAAUGAUUUAUUUAGAUUUAUGUAUGAUGGGAACAUAAAUUUUGUUGGAGUCUUUUCCGAUAGUUAAUGUAAAAAAAUCUUGUUAAAAAUGAACUAUUUUAAAGUCUAAGUUAUAGAUGAAUGAUCAAUGAUACGUUUCAAAAUAUUGAAUCCAAGGGCAAUAACUCUGUUUCUAUUGAUUUCUUUAUCAAGUCUAUUAUGAGAUAGAUUUCCUUUAUUUUUUACAGACAUUUUGUAUAUUUUUAUGAAGAUACAGUUUCAUGAAAUUGUUAUGAAUGCUACUAUAUCGUCAUAACCAGUUUGUAUGAAAUUUUGAUAACGCUGUUUAAGGAAAAUUGCAAUUUUCUGACGGUGAUAUAUGAUUCUAUUUAUGUAUGUCUCGUAUCUUAAAAAGUGUGAUGACCUAUGUAUUUUAUUUGAUAAUUUGUUAGUCUUAACUCUAAUGAAUGGAAAUAAAUACAUUUUUCAAACUUGUAUCAGAUAAAACUGCGAGUAUGGAGUUACCUUAAAAGCAUUAGAAAGUUUUAAUAUUUACUAAUAACUGCCAAGACCAAAUCAUUUAAGGUAGUACUCUACAUCGUCAGAAUGGCUGACUUCCUUUAAAACAUGGAUGAAAAAAAUCGAUAUCAGCAAUAUUUGACUUUUCCUUUUCCAUUUAAAUACCUAGUCGAGUAGCUCAGUAGGUCAGAAUACCGACUGCUGAACUGUAGGCCGCAGGUUCGAGUCCAGCAGGAGUUUUAAAUUUUUUUCAGAUUACCCACUACUAAAACUGUAUUUUUUGACAAAAUAAAGUAAAUUUGAAAAUAUUCAU